AUGUUACCAAACAUGUCGCAUCCCUACACGGGGAGCAGUAACGGUGGUGGUAACACCGCAAAGGUUUUGCAUUAUAUACGUGAUCCGGACGAUGUGCCUCAUGUGCCAUACGGAGCAAAUACGACUAGUGUGAUACAAACCAACAUCGGGGAUACACGUGCGGUAUCCACUCCGUACUAUCCUUCCUAUACGGGCCCAGAAAUGGCCCAUUCAAGCUCAAUGCCACCCGUACCGGGACACUUUCAAGGGUCUGUGAAUCCCGCGGUUGGACCGGAUCUGUAUCCCUAUCCCUCUCAUCCGGAUAUGUGCUCAGCCCAACCGAAUUACACAAGUAAAGUGUAUGCAACAAAACCGAUCGGAACGGGACAGGAUAUAAAACAAGAGAAACUGACAAUUGUGUCCGAGUCCAGGGAUUCAGAUCCAAUGAUAUCGUCCCAAUUGGUCGUCAUCGAACCUGAGGAAAGCAAGAAUCCAACUGACGGGGCUGUUGGUGGUGGUGGUGCACCGGGUGAACCAGAGCCUGAUGUGGUGGUCACUUUUGAUAAAGGGAAGACUCGAGAGACGUGGGAUACAAAGGUGGACUUUUUGCUCGCUGUGAUUGGAUUUGCUGUGGACUUGGGUAACAUAUGGCGAUUCCCAUUCAUUUGCUAUCGGAACGGCGGAGGUGCAUUUCUCAUUCCAUAUCUGGUCAUGUACAUUUUUGGUGGACUACCAUUAUUCUAUCUGGAACUGGCAUUAGGUCAAUUUCAAAGAAGCGGAUGUAUCACCGUUUGGAAACGUAUCUGUCCAAUGUUCAGCGGUGUCGGUUUUGGAAUCUGUGUUAUCGCGAGCUACACAGCAUGGUACUACAACACCAUCAUGGCUUGGGCUCUGUUCUACAUGUUCGAUGCAAUGAAACCUCACGUGCCGUGGUCCGGGUGUGGAAAUUGGUGGAACACAAACUCCUGCGUGACUGUGCACGAACGUCUGAUCAAUUAUUCGAUAUUUGACGAGACAAUUGUCGAUCAGUCAGAGGCAUUGUCCAAUUUUACUCUUUUAGCUGCAAUUCGACGUUCCCAACUGAACAGAACAGCUUAUUCAUCCACGGAGGAAUAUUUCUACCGACGGGUGUUGCAAAUCCAAUUCGCAACGGGCUACAACAAUGUCGGUCCGAUACGCUGGGAGAUAGCCCUCUGUUUGAUCGUGAUUUUCACCAUCGUCUAUUUUUCUUUGUGGAAAGGAGUCAAGAGCAGUGGAAAAGCCGUUUGGGUCACGGCAACUUUGCCGUACGUAAUUCUAAGCAUAUUGCUAGUACGCGGUCUGACGCUGGAAGGUUCGCUGACUGGGAUCAAGUAUUACCUCACGCCCGAUUUUGGUAGUUUGUUAAAAAUUUCGGUUUGGAGUGACGCAGCUUCACAGAUAUUCUUCUCACUCGGACCGGGUUUCGGCGUUCUAUUGGCUCUAUCCAGCUACAACAAAUUUCAUAAUAAUUGCUACCGUGAUGCCAUGUUGACCAGUUUUAUCAAUUGCGCCACCUCCUUUGUCUCCGGAUUUGUCGUGUUCUCCGUUCUGGGCCAUAUGUGUUUCCGUAUGGGUAAAAACAUGGAAGAGGCUGCGAAUGAAGGUCCAGGACUGGUAUUUAUCGCUUAUCCGGAAGCGAUUGCCACGUUGAAAGGUUCCACGUUUUGGGCAAUCAUCUUCAUGCUCAUGCUCAUCACCCUGGGUUUGGACAGUACAUUUGGUGGACUGGAAGCCAUUAUCACCGCUGUUCUGGACCGGAUACCACAACUCAGACGACGACGGGAAUUGUUCGUGUUGUUCAUCAUUAUUUACUGUUUUGUUGGCGCUCUAGCCACAACCACCUGUGGUAUAUUCAUCGCUAAUCUGGUCUCGUACGAAUUUCAACCGCUCGAAGUGCUCGGAGUCAGUUACGAACCACCCACAUGGACCAUCAUUACCGCGUGGCUGGUCGUGUUCUCGUCUGUCGUAUUCAUCCCCAUCAUGAUGGUCGUACAAUUUUUAACCGCAAAAGGCAGUUGCAAAGACCGUCUUCGAUACCUGAUCACACCGGAAGAUCGACCAACAUACAGUGACCAAAAGAUGUUGGCAGUUGAAACAAAGGAGUCCGGACAGGAUAACCCAACUCAUCCGACAGACGAUGAUGUUAUCGAGCAAAAGGAGCCAGUGGUAUACACGCAAAAAACAUCAUAA